UCUACAUGGUAAAGGUUCCUAAACUUCCAGUUCCGUUCCAUCUUUCGGCGUGCUGCAAAAUAGAAAAAAAACCGUGUUAUUUAGCAGACCGCACUACCUCGGUGAACAACUCUAGUUCUAGCGUCGGUUGUUUGAGAGCAACAGUUAAAUGCCUUACGAUUUCCAAAAGGAGGAAGAUGUUAAAGAAUUUCUGGAAAACUUGGGCAUUGAGUAUCGUUUCGAGUGCUUCAAGGAGAAGAAGCCGGACGGUUGUCAUCGCCUGGGCGACUACCUAGAGGCGAUCAAGAAAGACUACGUGCGUGCCUGCAACGUCUACAAGAACAACUGCGACGACAACAACCAUGGCAAGAGCUGCUUAAAGUACGCCAACUACAGGCUCGUUGGCAGAGGCAGCACGAUGGACAAGGCCGAGGCGCACCGCUACUACCGGCGUGGUUGCGAAGCCGGCAACGGCAAGGCGUGCUUCGGCGUCGGUCUCGGCCUCACCGCCCCGGACGGCGGCGUGGCGCAGGACGUGACCGAGGGCCUGGCCUUCCUCUCCAGGGCGUGCGACAUGGGCGCGGCCGACGGCUGCUACUUCGCCAGUUCGCUGUACAUCACCGGAAGAGAGGGUCUGCCGCGCGACCUGCGUCGCGCCUUCCAGUUCGCCGUGCGCGCCUGCCAGCUGAACUGCAUGGAGGCCUGCUCCAACGUGGCCCUCAUGUACGCCAGGGGACAGGGGGUCGAGAAGGACGACGCCGAGGCUAAGCGAUACCGAGCCAUCGUGGCCGAUCACAACGAGCAGCUGAAGAGGAACAGGGGCAUCGAGAUGGAGCAGGGCAUCAGGAACUGACCGUGACUGUGGAGAAAGCAUUGCGUUACGAAGCGCCUAGAGGAGCUUUCUGCUAGAAUCACCGUAGUGAACUCUGGCGCUACGAUCGUUCGGCCACCUCGGGAAAGAUGAUUAGUACGUGAAUUUGCGUGAUCUUCGUGCUUGUGGCUUCAUAUAUACGUUCUUUUGGCUUUGUUCGCUAUGCUUUAUCGGCCUUAAUUGACCAAAAUACUGAAACAAUCAUAUUUUGUUAAGCGCAGAACGCGACAUAACUCGGCACGCUUGCGUAAUCACUGCGCAUUGUGGCACUUAUGUUGCAAAAGCUUGUUGAAAAUGACUAUUCUUCAAACUAACGAAGCCGUUUGAAGCCAUGCGGUCGAAAUUUAGGCAAAUGUAUACGCUAAUCUUAAUUGCCGUUCUAGCUCAACUGUCAUGCCUGGAGCACCCGUAAACACUAGUGGCGCUAGCAAUUAAGCAAGCUCACCGUGAAGCCAUUCUUUUCACUUUUUCCUUCGCAGUAUCCGCCCAACGUCCGACCUCUGAAGGUCAGCGAAUUGACCAAAAAUGUUCAGUUCCCGGUGGCUAUUACUCGAGGCGCACUUCUUCGGUUGACCUGGCGUACUCGCUCUUCCUCCAGUGUGGGAGCACUGAAAUCUACCGCGUGCUCUAGCGUGUCGAUCACGUGUUUGGUCGAUGCGAUUGGCAUCCCUCGAGUUGCGCAAUGCUCCCCCUUUCUUUCCUGCAUGGCUGCAACGUAGCCGCGGAAAUGAAGAACGGCGGCUUAUACGAGUCGCGGCGUCAUAUAAGGUCAGUUCUCUCACGGAGCGAAAUGUUCGCCGAGAAGGGAUGAGUUACGAGAGGCUGCUGCGGUCGUGUACUCAGUGUCAACACAAACAAAAUAAAAUGGCUAAGAAAACAGGCAGAACAGUCGUGCAGACAUGAAAUAUCAACAAUUUCCUUUCUUUAGCGCUGGCGGCCCGGUAGUUCCAAGUUACGAACGGCAUGCGCGUUACCAGCAUGACAGAGCAUUCUAGGCAGGAAAGUAGCGAGCGUAGCGUUUUCAAGAAAGCAAACGCGAUCACGACAGAUAACGAUUAUUGUUGUGUGGCAAAUAAACACCCCAAAGCGUG